CCCCCGCCUCUUCAAAUUUGGAGAAGUAUAAAUACUCGCACAUUUGGUUGUUCGGAUCAUUUUGCCAAGCAGCUCUCUCACGACUCGCACCUCCACAGUUUCUCCCUCAUCUUUCGACUCUGAAAUCGAGGUUUACAAUAAAGUCUACAAGUCUGAGACUAUGGCAGAAUCAGAGAAGGCAAAAUCUUCCUCGGUUAAUCAAAAAGGAAAAAGUUCAUUUCUAGAUGAGGAAAUCGGAGACGAAUUUCUCACCUCCUGGAAAUCAAUAUCAGUAAUGGAAGAUGACGGAAUGGAUUUUGGCUUUGAUACAGUUUCCAAAGGCUCCAAAGGCAAGAAGAAGGUGUUUGACUUUGAGAAGCUGGAUAUGGAUUUCAAUCUGGAUGGUGACUUUGGCAAGAUAUCGUCUUUCAAAAUGGACAUGCCAGACCUUGAUUUCUCAAGCCCGCCCAGAAAAGCUGCAAAAACCAAGGAGAAAUCUGAAGAAGAACAUUCCAAAGGAAACCAUCAAGGGAAACAAGACCCCUUUAAAUUCUCUUUUGAUUUCAAUGAUGGGUUGGGUGAUUUCGAUCUUGAUUCAAGCUUAACGAAAAGUGAAAAAAGUUCAAAUAAGAAUCAAGAUAGCAGAAAAGAGUUUCUUUCUGAUAGAAGAGGACCUCAGGGCUCUAAAAUCGAUCUAGCUGAAGAGAUUAGUACACUUGAUGGUGGUUCUGAGAGAGUGGCCCCUUUAAAGGUUGAUACUUCAUUAGUUGUUUCAGGCAAGGUUAAUUCUAUCAGUGAUGAUUGCCCAUCAAAACGUAGAUCAGAAAAUCUGAAACUUCCACAUGGUCCAAGGUCUCCAGGAAAAGUAAUGACUAAUGGUAUUGAAGAAUCAGAUCAGCAAGUUCAUUUAUCUGAGAAGGACAUGGCCACAGAACCAUAUGCUAAGCCAGCAACAGAUGACCUGUCUGGUCAACUUGUAGGGGGAGUUGAUUCAAAUGGAGGUACCGUUUUUGAAGGAAAGAAUGAUGGUUGUCUUCAGAUCACAGAUUUGAAUACCAUUUCAAGUGGAAAAGAAGAUGUUGAUGAGAAAAUGUCAGCAGGAGAUGGUCCUAAUAGUGAAGACUUGCCUUUGAAGGAUUCAUCUUCAGUAAACAUCGCUAAUACAGAUAGCAAUAAUGGUGAUGGUUGUAAGUCUGGCAGUGACAUAUCUACACAAAACGCUGAACCAAAGUUAGGCAGUGAUAUCUCGACUGAGAACGCUGAAUCAGCUAUAGAUAACUUAGAUCUCGGAGACAAUUCCAAUACAUUCAUCUCAAGGAAGACACUACAUAACAUCAAAUGUAUCAAGGAUGACCAAAAUUCGACUUCAAAGCUUCCUUUGUCUGCAGAGAGCAGUGAAUCUGCAGUUGAUAAAGCUACGCUGACAAAUGAAACCAAAAGUGGAGAAUUCCACUCAAAGGUUUCUAAGAGAUUUGAAGAACCUGGAUCUCAAAUGUGUCAGCCAUCAUUAAUAGGAGCAAAACCUCUCUCAUCUGGAAUCAAAAGGAUUGAUACCAUGCGUCUACGUCCAGCAAUUGAAGGGGUGGCUACUAAUGUUCAUGGUGCACAAAUUGGAAGCAAUUUGCCUGAUACUCCUGUGUUAGUUGAUAAAGAAAUGAAAGCCAAACAUGUAAUAUCUGGAAGGGAGGGCCUCAAUUCUGAUGCUGUACCAAACAGGGCCAAACUGGUUGCGAAUCCACGGCCAUCUGACAAAGAAAUAACAGAAAGAGAAACUGUCCUUGGAAGUGGAUUGAGAAAAAGUCUUCAUGAUCUCAGGCAUGUGGAGAUUUCUAGCUGUCAAGCAAAUCCUUCCAGCACAAUCGAGAAGACUAUUAAACCUAGUACUCAGACAUGUGUAAAUCCUAAAUUCAUGCUCUCAGCCUGGAGUCUAUGAGGAACACAAAGAUCAUUACAGCUGAAGGGAGUAAACUUUUUCCUGAUAAACCUUCCAAGAAAAAAACCGACCUUUCUACCUUGAACAUUUCAAAGAAUAUUGGUGGCAGUAAAGUUUCAUUGAAUGCUACACCGCAUAAAGAAUUGAAAUCCCUGAGUAGUCCAGAGCAAAACAUGGAAGUGCAACGAAAUGUGGAAUCAAAGACUGCCCAGAUUGUUGAGAAACAAAUGUCACCAAACUUUUCCUUGAAGCGAAAAACAUUUGAGGGAUCAGAUUCAGGUUUAGCAUUCUUAAAGCCUUUAAAGCGCCUUUCUCAGUCACCUAGAGAAUCCAGAAAUUUCAAAUUACCUUCAAAAGAAGUUGUUGCAGAACAGGUUCGCAUUCAUGAGAGUCAUUUGGAGAGCAAGACUAACAGCACCUUAGAUGACCAUCCGACCUCUGGACUUGGUAGUCCUUGUGCAAUCAAUGUGAUGGAACUUGAUAUUCCUUCAGCAAUGGAAAAUGAUGGAAAUGUUGAAAAGGCUGAAGCGUAUGCUAAGGAGCUUGAAGAUAUAUGCAACAUGCUGAGGAAGAAACACGAGGAAGCCAAGGAACUGCUAGUUAGAGCUGUUGUGAACAACAAUAAUCUACUGAUGCUCAACCAUCCCAUCUACGAAGCA